UAUUCUAGCUUGAAAAUUUGAUCGAAAUCCGUAUAAAAUUAUCAAUAUCACAUUUGUUAACUAUUAUAAUUUAUAAACCAUCUAAGGUAAAUUGUGAUCGUGUAAAAUUAUAUGUUUUAAGUAGUUAAAACUAAUAAUGUCUUUACUUCCCGGUUUAUUUCUUUCUAUCAAUUAGAACGAAAUAUUGUAUUUAUUACAAAAAACGUAGAGAAAUACUAUAAAAUAGUUUUUUGCAAACAACUGACUCACAUGUUACGAGACAAUUUUUAAAAUGAUUAGAAUCCAACAGCUGGUAGUCCACAGGUGGUGGUUUCUUACAAAAAAAUUUAACUCACUGGGAUGGAGACAAUUUUCUUUCUUUCUGCUUUCUCAUUUGCUGAAUCUCUCAAACCACGAAACAUGAUAAUUUUGCGAUCAGACGGUUUUUUUCGACCGUGUUCCCUAAACUCACGAGUAUUUUCGAUGAUGUAGAGAGAAGUAAGAUAAUAAGAUGCGUAAUGAGGAUAAUAUUGCACGAACUGAAGCGAGCAAUUAUAUCGACGUGUUUUUUGUUGAUCUGAAUUGCGUGAUGUAAUGACUGACGUACCGAUCGACUGUAGACGGACGUACAUUUCAUUGACAAUAUCUUUUAUUGUCUCAUUUCUGAGUAAAUGUUACAAGAAACUCUAAUGUUUUAGCGAUGAAAGGUAAAAGAUGUAACACAUGAGGUCCGCGAUCUCGGAAAAACAAAUCCUACAAACAAUUAUUUCUGAAGUUACUUAAAAUUGAUUUUUUUUUUGUUAUGAUGCUUAUUUAUGGGAACAAUCUCACACACACUCAGACAUAAUGUCCAUCUAAUGAACAUUAAUGUUCAUAACGUCACGUCGCGUCUAAUGAAUAUCUAAUGGAGGUUUGUGUACAAUAUUGUUCCGAUGUUGCGGAUUGAUGUAAUUGCAUAUUCAAAUGUUAAGCUGAAACCGCGUAACUUGUCUAAGAAAGAUAAGUAAGAUAAUUGAUGCGCCAAAGGAAAAAAAUGAUAGCUAAUAACAACUUAAUAAUUCAGAUCAGAGCUUGGAUGAGCGUAAUAGUUGCGCACGUUUGAAUUUUCCAUUUAUACGAUAUUGUUGUAGAUAGAAUCAGACAGAGCGGAAUGACCAGAUGAGAGCCGUGUAAUAACGCAACACGACUGUGUGUUUCAAAUGUUGGAUUUGCCGUUUCGAGAAUCGCAUUGAUACGCACGCGUAGCGUACACGUGUACACGCAUUGAUCAACGUAAUUGUAACGUUGAAUAGGAUCCGGCGGUGAUUUUGCAACGAGGCAAGUUGCAGUUUCGCGAGCGAUCAGUUUGCAACUCUGUUCGCCAUGAGAGUAAAACCAUCCCACGGCAAUUUACGUCCCACCGAAGCGCGUCAUAUCGAAGAUUUGUUUGUUCAUUUAGAACGCAUUUUUUCCGUCGGUGGAAUAUGGCCGUUUGAACCGACGUAUGUUCGCUUUGCGAUCUACAUUUCGCAUUACACUCUGUAUCUCGCCAUGGCGUAUACCGACUUUUACGACGUGUUCGGCAAUCUGGAACUGAUGGUAAUGAAUCUCGUGGAAACGAUGGCUUACACCAUGGUGUUCGUGAUGCUGUGGCUGAUCCGAUGCAGCGGUCUGCUGAAACGGCUAAUCGGCGCGAUCAGAAACGACAUGGCGAAGCAAAAAUUUGAAAAUCUCGAGGAAGAGAAGAUAUAUUACAAUUACAAUUACGCGUCAAAAGUGUUCACGUACAGCUCGAUCGUCGGUAUGUUCAUCACGGUUAUGCUGCUGUACGUCAGACCGCUUGUGAUUUUAGCAACCAGUAAUCAAGCGUCACGUAAUGGUACGGUGUCUUUUAUGUUACCCUACAGGGUACACCCGUUUUUCGACGUCUCCGACACGCACACGUACGUGCUGAUGUAUCUGUAUCUGUUCCCGAUGAUUUACGGAUCUAUUCUGCACAUGGCGUCGAUCUGUCUGCUGGUGAUUUUGGUAUUCCACAUUUGCGCCAAAUUGUCCAUCCUGUCGUACCGCAUCAGAAAAAUGGAAACGUAUUCGCAGCGCAUGCUGAUGGAUAGAAUACGCGAUUUCGUUCAAAUGCAUCUGAAGAUAAUAUGUUCCUGUACUCUGUUUUUAUUCUCUUUGCACGUAAUCUCGUUUGAACACUACAACGAAAGGAUGGCGAAAUCUGUGGACGAUACUUUCAAUUUGAUUCUGAUGGAUGAACUCCUCGGUAAUAGCAUUGUACUGGCUAUCUCGAUGUAUUACGUCAUAAUGGUUCGUGUCAUUACGUUAGUACUGUCUCUCAUCGUUGUUAAAAAAAACAAAACAUUGACAAUAUCAAAAGUGACAGAGAUGGCGACCUGCUGCACUUUUAUUUUCUUCGCCGCCAUCGCGCUCGUAAUACUCUACGGAUACUGUUUGAUCGGCGAUCAGUUGACUCAACAGUGUGUUAAUAUGCAAGAUGCGUAUUACGAAUGCGACUGGUACGAAAUGCCGCUCAACUGCAAGAAGUGCCUGCUGAUUUGCAUGAUUCGUAGCCAAGUUAUGCUCUACUUAACCGCGGGAAAGUUCUAUAUAUUUUCCUUGAACAGUUUCACUGACGAUCAAAAGGACCUGGACCGCGCGGCCGAAGUGCUGUCCUGGAACAAACGACUGAUGACGACGCUGGGUCUUUGGCCCUUUCGAUUCAACAAUCUCAUCUUCUCCGUCAAUUUCGGCUACUUCAGUUUUUUCAUGGUUCUCGAAUAUCUGGAUCUGUUUCUGUUUAUCGGCGAUCUCGAGCACGUGAUCAUGAACCUGACGGAGAACAUGGCGUUCUCGCAGAUAUUCGUGCGUAUGAGCAUGCUGCGGUUGUACAACGGGGAGAUCGGCGAAGUGAUAGCCGAGACUAUGAAGGACUUCGACAAGACGAGUUACAGAACCAUCGAGGAGAUGAAGGCGUUCAUCACGUACAACGCCAGAUCAAAGAUCUUCGUCAAAUUGCUGAUGGUGUUCGUCGCGUUAACGGCUUCGUCGUAUUACUUAACGCCGAUUAUAAUUAUACUCGGAAGCGGAUUACCAAAAAUAGUGAUCAACGAGAACGUCACCCAAAUAAUUUACUUGUUGCCCUAUCGUUUUCACAUGUUCUACGCGAUCGACGACAUGCGCGCGUACACGAUCACGUACGCGUUGCAAUUUCCGUUCGUGUUUGUCAGCGGCUUCGGACAGAGCGCCGCCGAUUGUAUCAUGGUCACCCUUGUAUUUCACAUAUGCGGUCAGAUGUCUGUUCUAGCUUUGCGUAUUAACAGCAUAGACACCAAUCCCGGAAGAUGCAGACAAGAGGUGCGACACGUGGUGCUCGCACACAUACGACUGCUGCGAAUGGGAAGAAUGAUACAAAAGGCAUUUAGCGCAACGUUAUUGGCUCAUCUUUUGGGAGCUACUUCUCUCGUGUGCAUUCUCGGUUAUCAAAUUUUAACAAAUUUUGCUAAAGGCGAGAGAGGAGUGCUCGUUACAUUUCUGAUAUUUCAAUUCUUAGUACUGCUUAUACUCUACGCUCACUGCACUGUAGGCGAGAGUCUCCUGACGGAGAGCGCUAAAGUGUGCGAAGCGUUCUACGAUUGUUGCUGGUACGACAUGCCGAUGGAAAACGCACGAAUGAUAAUACUGUGCAUGGCGAGAUCGCAAAAACCGCUCUGUCUGACAGCGGGCAAAUUUGUCAUCUUUUGUCUCAGCACUUUGACCGAUGUUCUGAAAACGUCUAUGGGGUAUUUGUCGGUACUACGUUCCUUCUUGUAACACCACAUGGGACCAACGCAUGUCGGAAAUAUUGAAGAGUUUCUCAAUCCUGUGCUCAAAUAGAGGUAAACACGUAACUUAACGACGUAAGUGAGUAUCUCUCGUAAGCACUCUUCUUUAUCAUAUUGCGCG